GACUGCGUCGCUGCUGACAAGGGGUCGCAUCGCGCCAUCGGUCUGAUCUCAUUAUGCUCACUCAUACGGGCUCAAGUGUCCGCGUCAAUAGUAUCUCAGGAUGCCGCAUAUAAGAAUUGCAUGUACUACAUCCUCGACAGCUAACACAUCAUUCCCCAACAGGUCGUCCAGGUCUUACCAUCCACAGUACCGCACGCAAUGCUGACUGUCACUUACUCUCGUGUCGGUUCACUUGACAUAAAGCUCGACAUCGAAGUACCAGCGCAUCCGAACUCUGGUGCCCUACCAGCAGUCAUAUAUUUCCAUGGCGGUGGGAUGGUCGCAGGCUCUCGCAGAGACGCUCUGUUCCCGGAGUGGUUCAGAGAGUCGGUGCUAAAGCGCGGCUUCAUCUUCGUGGCGGCUGAUUAUCGACUCGUUCAUCCGUGCACCGGCUUCGACAUCAUCGAGGAUGUGAAGAUGCUCUUCAGAUUCCUCGGGGACGAGUCUUUCUCGACGAGGCAUCUCCCCGACGGUAUGUCGCUCGACACGGCCCGCAUCGCGGUCGCGGGAUUCUCAGGCGGAGGCUACCCCGCUCGCGCUACGGGCAUCUACGCGAGCCCCAAACCAAAAGCCGCCCUCUUGUACUUCGCACAAGGAGGGGACAUGCUCAGCGACCAGUGGGUCGCAGUCAAGGACCACCCCAUGCCCGUCUACGGUGCCGCAGUCCCUCCCGACCCAGAGAUGCGCGCCCAGCUCGCAGGUGGGCUGCCUCCCAUCGCUGACGCGCCGUUCCAGCUGCGGGGAAACGGGUCUCUACUUGAUCCCGACGGGCGAUGGUACUUCUGCCCGUACUGGUUCAGGACAGGGGAUUUCCUGGACAACCUCCUCGGCGAACCCAUGUCUGCGGGGCUGCGCGACCUGCCUGCGUCCGAGAGGCUCGCGGCGGUCCCUGAGCACCUGCGUCCUGCGCUUCUGGAGGCGCAGCUCGACGCGACGUUCCCGCCGACGUUCCUCGUGCAUGGCCUGGCCGACGGUGUGGUGUUGCCGUCGGAGUCGCAGGCGACCUACGACCGGUUGAGCGAGCUUGGCGUUAGGGUGGAAUUGAUCAUGGUCCCGAAUGCGGACCACAUCCUGCUGAGUACGGCAAACUUAGCGGUACUGGCAGAUGGUGCGGCCGAGGCGCAGGAGAAGGGCAUGGACUUCGCCGAGCACGAACUCAGAGCAUGAUAGGUUGCCAUUACACCAGAGUUCCACGUACGACAUGUAACAUGUCAUGUCGCCUUAUCCUCUGUAGUGAAGCCAUCAAACAGUUCUCGAGCGAGGAACGGCAUCCCCUUCUUGUGAGCCUCAGGUCGCCCAAGAACAGAGCUCAGGCAGCACUACCUACACCGUG